AUGUCGAGGUCGAUGUUCAAAGAGCCGCAUUUAUCUGCUGAGGAUGCCCGACGCCUUGCACGCUACGACGACGGUGUGAGUCAAUCUUACUACGACGCAGCUAUCGAUGCUAUGCACAGAUUCUUCUACGAUGGUGCCGGUGACCCUGCAGUCUUUCUCAUCCGUCUCCAGCUUGAGAUUGCUGAAGGUAUCCGUCGUCUGCCUAACAACUACUACAUCUGGAGAGCCUAUUCGCCUGAUCGUCAUGGCCAACUUCAACUGACCUUCGCUCGCUUCGAAGAAAGCAAUGUCAACGAACAUGCUGCCAACAAUGAAUGGGCGGAGUUCUACAUUUCGGAGGCUCACGUUCCUUUCUUCAGAUACUGUAAUGGUAUACCCCUUGAUCUGAUGUCUGACGAAGAAUGCAGAAGUCACAUCAUCCUGGAGAGAAGACAAUUGCUCGGCCCGGCAAUCACCGCUCAUGGAACGGUGGACGACCUUCUCAGAGGCUUCUACAGGGUCUCUAACAACACAAUGCCUGCUUGGCUGUCGCUUCCUGCUCCUUCUGAUGCUGGCAGCCAGGAUACUGGUCGCCUUCUGUCGCCCGCCCCUUCUGAUGCUGGCAGCCAGAACACUGGUCGCAUCUUCGUUCUCUACAGUCGCAAGACGUCAGGAGCACUUCGACAAAGUCCACGGACAAGACAAUCAGGCUCCGGGCAACUGAGGGUCUGCGUCUCGAGCAGUGAAGCUGUGUCUCUUCCGUCUCUCCACUCGAGGUCAUCGGACCCACUACUGAGGCUUUUUCUGCUUCCCUUUGCUUAUCACCUCUCAGACAACCUUCUAGGGUCAUUUGUUAUAGGAGAGAGCACCACUACACAAGAGAAGUAGUUUUUUCAGCUCUUGGUAACCAGCUCCCCUUUUUCACGCUACUUCUGAUUUUUUACUACGCUUUUCCUUCAAAAACAUGUUACUCAAAACCACAAAAAACAUUUGGAAAACCAACC